AUGGGGUUGAGGAUCAGAAUGGCACUCAACUUUCGCUCAGUAAAGUUGAGCAACUGGCAGAUUGCGUUAUUUAUUGGCACGCCCCUGGCCAUCGGCCUGGGCACUUAUAUGUACAGGAAGAUGAACGCCACGACCGGUGGCGAGGAGAAAAAACGGACCAAGGGAAAGAUCGAGAAACAAGCGACAUCCAUUGACGGAACAGCGCCGGACAAGGAACAAGAGCGAAAGCAAAAAUCGGCCGAGCUGGGAGAGAAACUGUCACCCGUUAAGGAGGCCAACAGCUACAAGAACGAGGGCAACAACUGUUAUCGCAAUGGCAAGUACGACGAAGCCAUCAUCUUCUACGACAAGGCCAUUGACAAGUGCCCCCCGGAGAACGGCACUGACAUGGCAAUCUUCUACCAGAAUCGCGCCGCCUCCUACGAGAAGUUGCAAAAGUGGAGCAAGGUGAAGGAAGACUGCUCCAGCUCCUUGACCUAUAAUCGUCGCUAUGCAAAGGCCUACUUCCGUCGUGCACGUGCCCACGAGGCCACAAAAGACAUGCUAGAGUGCUUGAAAGAUGUCACUGCCACCUGCAUAUUGGAAAUGUUCCAAAAUAAUCAGAGCAUAAUGUAUGCGGAUCGUGUGCUCAAGGAGACGGGGCGCGUGGAUGCCGAGAAGCAUAUGCGCGACCGGGUUCCUGUAGUGCCGUCCACCUCUUUUAUCCGAACAUAUUUGCAAUCUUUUGUCGCCGAUCCACUGCAGACCAUGAACGUGCCGCCAUCGACUAUGGCGGACACACCGGCGCGCGGUUUCCUGCGUGCCCACAGCGCAUUCCGCGAGGAGAAGUUUGAUGAAAUUAUACCUGCCUGCACAGAGGAAAUCGAAUCAUCUGAAUCCGAGUCCCAGUACAAGGUGGAGGCCCUGCUAUUACGUGGCACAAUCCAUCUUCUGUGUGGCACCUACACAGAGAGCGAACAAGACUUUGAUGCCAUUAUCGGCAACGCCGAUGCGGAUGACACAAUCCGCGCCUAUGCCUACCUGAAGCGUGCCUCACUCUUUAUGCAAGUAAAUAAGCGCGAGGAGGCUCUGGCCGAUUUCGAAGCAGCCGAGAAGUUGAAGCCCGACAAUGCUGAUGUUUACCAUCAGCGAGCACAGAUUCUGCUGCUGUUGGACAGCAUUGAGCCGGCCCUGGAGCAGUUCGAGAAGGCAAUUCGCUUGGCUCCCAAUCAUGCCAUUGCUUACGUUCAGAAAUGCUACACCGAGUACCGUUUGGCGCUAAUUUCCAACUAUCAGCUGCGUCUGGAAGGUGUGGUGCGGAAGCUGGAGCAGGCAAUCGAACAGUUCCCCACAUGUGUGGAGUGCUACAGCAUGUUGGCUCAGGUGAUGGCCGACCAGCAGAAUUUCCAGCAGGCGCAGCAAUACUAUGACAAGGCCAUGAAGUUGGCGCCGACAAAUGCUUCGCUGCUUGUCCACCAGGCUGUCAUGACACUGCAGUGGCGUGGCGAUGUUGAUUCGGCUAUCAAUACGCUCAACAAGGCCAUUGAGCUGGACCCGAAAUGUGAGCAAGCUUACGAGACGCUCGGCACCGUCGAAGUGCAGCGCGCCAACCUGAAGCAUGCUGUUGAACUCUUCGAGCAGGCCAUUCGCUAUUCCAAAAGCUUUGAGGAGGUCGUUCAUUCCUACUCGCUGCGCAAUGCGGCCAUUGCCCAAAUUAAUGUCACCAAGGAUCUGGGCAUCGACAUGAACGCCAUCUCGGCCAUGAAUCAAUUGAGCGGCACGGGCAUGUAGAGAGUAUUUAGCGGCAGAGAUGUGCAUUUAGCAUUUGGCAUGCCGGACACCAUCACCACCGGGCAGCAGACCCCAUUAUUUGUAGUUAAGUUAAUCCUGUUAUUUAUAUAUAUAAACAAAACAAAAACAAACGCUUGUUUGUGCCCCCGCCCCAACCUUAGUUCUAGCAUAAAAUUGUACGACGAUGACGUUGAAGCGUCUAGAUUUGAUUUCAUGUAAAA